AUCAUCACCCUCGAGAGAGAAACCGCUAUUUCCCACAAACUCAAGUUCUCACCUUAAAAUCAAAACCUAACAACAGAGUUGUCUCUCCCUCUCUUUUACACAAGCCAGAAGUAGUUACCAUUUUGAUUAAUUUUCAGUUUCUUCUCCAAGUCUCCAAAUGCUCUGUUCAUUCCAACUGCAUUUUUGAUUGAACCAAGAAGAUGGAUCCGUCGAAGAAGCUCUUGUUCCCCGACCAGUUCUUGUCUGCGAGAAGAAGAAACAUCCUGUCCAGAUUCACACUAGGAAUCGCUGCUUCACUCGUUCUCGUCACACUUCUCUCCCUCACUAACUCCUCCUUCAACGUCCCCUUCGUCUCUCCUCUGCUUCAAGGUCUCAGAAACUCCAAUCUGAACAACAACAACCCUUCUUCUUCUGUUUCUCCUCAAUUCAAUUCUUCAGAGUCAUCUUCUUCUCCUCCCAAUCAAGUUGAAGAGAAGAAGCCUGAAGUAGUUCCAGUUCCAGAUGUCAAAGCUCCAAGCUUCGAAUCUGGACAAGCAAGAGGUACUGGUCCGAAGAAUACGAGUUUGUCUGGAGAAGGUAAAGAAGUCUCAAGCUUUGAAUCUGGACAAAGAUCUGGCCUAACAGUGAAGGAUCCGAGUUUGUCUGAAGAUGAUAAAGUCUCAAGCCGAAAUGACCAAAAUACCCUCGAAGCAAAUGCUACUACUAUAAGUGUAGGCAAUAAUAGCUCGAGCUUACUAUCUGCCGACGCAAGCAAAGAGAAAAAUGCCACCGUAGAAGCAGAUCGGAGCAGAGUUUCUUACGAGGAUUGUGAUAUCUACGAUGGAAACUGGGUGAGAGCUGAUGAUGAAACGAUGCCGUAUUACCCACCUGGUUCGUGUCCUUAUAUAGACAGAGAUUUCAACUGUCAAGCUAAUAAACGACCUGACGAUGGUUAUGUUAAAUGGAAAUGGCAGCCAAACGGUUGUGACAUUCCCAGGUUGAACGGGACAGACUUUCUUGAGAAGCUAAGAGGGAAGAAGCUUGUUUUCGUCGGAGACUCCAUCAACAGAAACAUGUGGGAGUCUCUUGUUUGCAUUCUUAGACACAGCCUCAAGGACAAGAAACGUGUGUAUGAGAUCUCAGGGAGAAGAGAGUUCAAGAAGAGAGGCUUCUACGCUUUCAGAUUCGAGGACUAUAACUGCACGGUUGAUUUCGUUGGCUCUCCCUUCUUUGUAAGGGAAUCGAGUUUCAGAGGCGUGAACGGGACGACACUGGAGACGUUAAGGUUGGAUAUGAUGGACAAGACUACAUCCAUGUAUCGAGAUGCUGAUAUACUGAUAUUCAACACUGGUCAUUGGUGGACUCAUGACAAAACAAAGCUAGGAGAAAACUAUUACCAAGAAGGUAACGUAGUGUACCCGAGGCUCAAGGUUCUGGAAGCAUAUAAACGAGCUCUCACCACAUGGGCCAAAUGGGUCGACAAGAACAUCGACCGCAACCAAACCCAUGUUGUGUUUAGAGGCUAUUCCGAAACACAUUUCAGAGGAGGGCCAUGGAACUCAGGAGGACAAUGCCAUAACGAAACAGAACCGAUCUAUAACACGCAUUACUUAAAAAAGUACCCUUCGAAGAUGAGAGCUCUCGAGUACAUCCUCCGUGAUACAAUGAAAACACCGGUGAUUUACAUGAACAUAAGCCGGCUAACUGAUUUUAGAAAAGAUGGGCACCCUUCUAUAUAUAGGACGGUGUACAAGACGGAAAAGGAAAAGAGAGAGGCUGUGAGCCACCAAGAUUGUAGUCAUUGGUGCUUGCCGGGUGUACCGGACACAUGGAACCAGCUCUUGUAUGUAUCUCUGUUAAAGGCCGGUCUCGCGUCUAAGUGGUAGUCUUCCAAAGUCCUUUGGUUUUGUAUUAUUGUUUGCGGUAAAUGUAGCAACUUCUCCCUUCUGUAAAAGGGAGUUUUUUUUCCUACCAUCUUUCCGUAUCAAUGCAUUGAAAAGCACGUUUGUACUUGUUGGUAUGGAUUUGUGUAUAGGCAUUGCAUUACUUGGGAAUUCAUGGAAUCUGCUACCCAUCAUCCCAUGUCACAUUGCAUGGUUACGUUUGAAUGGUCUUAAACCCAUAUAGUUGUUUUAUAAGGUAUGUUUUGAUUGGAUAA